CUCUGUCACAACAAAGAAACAUGGCUGGCUAGGGAAAAACAUUAGCUCUAGUGAGAGCAGAGUGAGAGUGACUCAGCGCGUUUCUUUAUACCUGAGAUGAAAAUUUUUUUCCACGCCGCCAUUCGGCUGUUCUGGACUUUUCGUGAAAUCAGAAACUGAGAAAAGAAAAUGAAGAAAAGUGACAAGAAAGACAGAAAUGCAAAUGCCAACAAAUUUGAUUUGGAGCCUUUAUCUCCAUCACCUUGUCUUGGAAUUUCCGACGAUGAGUUAGUUUCCAUUUCCGUGCGGGAUUUGAACAGGCAGCUAAAGCUGCGAGGUUUGACAAGAGAAGAGAUUGUUAGAAUGAAACAGCGUCGUAGAACUUUAAAAAAUAGAGGCUAUGCUGCUAGCUGUCGCAUCAAGCGUAUAGAGCAAAAGGAUGAACUUGAACAAGAAAAAGUUGGGGAACUUUCUGAAACAGAGAAACUUGCUGAAGACAAUGGAAAGAUUCGUGAAGAAAUUGAGGCUCUUCAUCGAAAAUAUGAAGCUCUUCAAAAAUUUGCCCUCCAGAAGAAGAUUCCAUUGCCCCCAGAAAUGGAUCCACUCCACUAAUACUUUGUUUUCCUGCAAUUCUUACCACUAGCUCACAAAAAAAGGGGGUAAAAGUGUCAAAGCCAUACUAAAUUCCUGUGACCACACAAUUUUCUGAAUUCUCAUGAAGAAUGGUGGGUAACAUUGGAACUGGAUCAUUCUCGAGUAAAGCCGAGAAAUACACAAAAUACGUACCAUGUA